AUGUCCGUUCCAUCCAUCCCCGAAGCCUCGUCGGCGCCCAAGCUCGCAUACGACCAAGACGCAGCCCUGGAUCUCCAGCGCCAGAUCAGCAAGAUGAAGCAGCAAAUCGGUAACUCCAUCUUCGACACCUACCAGACCUCUCUGACGGGGCGCUACUGCUCCAAGGAGAUGUCGCAACUUUUCAGCCAGCGCAGCCGUCACAGCACGUGGAGAUCGCUGUGGCUGUACCUGGCCGAGGCGGAGCAAGAGCUUGGAAUCGACACAAUCACCCCCGAGGCACUCCAGCAGAUGCGGGACCACCUCGUUGUGUCUGACGCCGACUUCGAGGUGGCUAGAGUGGAGGAGAAGAGGAGGAGGCACGACGUCAUGGCCCAUGUGCACGCUUUUGGCGAGGUCGCGCCCAAGGCCGCGGGUAUCAUUCACUACGGCGCAACCAGCUGUUACGUGACCGACAAUGCAGAGCUCAUCCUCAUGCGGAACGCCAUGGGCCUGCUGCUCCCCAAGCUCGCCAAGGUCAUUGACAACCUUUCCAAGUUCGCCCUGCAGUGGAAGUCCGAGCCGACCCUGGCCUACACUCACCUGCAGCCCGCUCAGCUCAUCACCGUCGGUAAGCGAGCAGCCCAGUGGGCCCAGGAUCUCCUCAUGGAUCUUGAAGCCAUUGAGCACGUCAAGGAGAGCCUGCAGUUCCGCGGCGCCCAAGGCACAACCGGAACCCAGGCUUCCUUCCUCGAGAUCUUCAACAACGACUCCCAAAAGUGCGACCAGCUGAAUGAGAAGCUCUGCCAGAAGGCCGGCUUCCCCGGCUGCUACGCCGUCUCCACGCAGACCUACACCCGCAAGGUCGACCAGCUCAUCGCCAACGCCAUCUCCGGGCUGGGCUCCUCCGCUCAGAAGAUCACCGGCGACAUCCGCCACCUCGCUGCGUGGAAAGAGCUCGAGGAGCCCUUUGAGAAGGACCAAAUCGGUUCCUCCGCAAUGGCCUACAAGCGCAACCCCAUGCGCUCGGAGCGUGUCUACGCCCUGUCCCGCGAGCUGAUGAGCAAGCCCGCAUCCUUUGCCAACACACUCUCCGACCAGUGGAUGGAGCGCACGCUCGACGACUCGGCAAUCCGCCGCAUCGACAUCCCCGAGAUGUUCCUGCUGGCCGACGCCAUCCUGCUCUCGCUCGACAACGUCACCUCCGGCCUUGUCGUGUACCCCAAGCGCGUCAACGCGCGCGUCCAGGAAGAGCUGCCGUUCAUGAUCACAGAGUCGAUCAUCAUGAAGCUGGUCGCCAAGGGCGAGUCGCGCCAAGAAGCCCACGAGCAGAUUCGCGUGCUGUCGCACCAGGCCGGCAGCAACGUCAAGAACGAGGGCAAGCAAAACGACCUCGUGGACCGCAUUCGCGCAACCGAAUUCUUCAAGCCCAUCUGGGCCGAUCUCGACAACAUGCUCGACGCCAGUCUGUACACGGGGCGCAGUGCCGAGAUCGUCGACAAGUUCUGCGGCGAAGGCGGCGUGCUCGACACCGCGCUGCAGCCGUACAGGGAGUACAUCCAGAAGGCCGGUGUUGCCGAGCUCAACGUAUAG